AUGGCAAAGACAAUCACCGGACCUUGGGACCCUGCCGAACAUCUAAACACACAGGAGGACAUAGUCGCAUACCUUGAAGCGGCGCUGGAAGACGGAGACAGUCAACUCAUAGCCUCCGUGCUAGGCGACAUAGCCCGCUCUAAAGGAAUGACCGAGAUUGCGCGUGAAACAGGACUCGGCAGAGAAAGCCUCUACAAGGCGCUGUCACCGAACGGUAAUCCCGAAUUCGCCACCGUGCUCAAGGUAAUCAGGGCACUUGGAAUCAGGUUGCGCGCCACCGACGCCCUUAGCUCUGCAUCUCACUAA